AUGCCUGCAGGGCUGCCGAGCGCGAGGCGCGAGUCGGGCGUGGCGGCCAGGGUCGCUCGGUCAUCGCUGGGGCGGUGCCCGGAGGACGGCGGCGUCGGGCAGGGUGUCUCGCAGCGGGGCGACGCCGCGGGCGGCGCUGCGCCUGCGGUGGCGGGACCGCGGGCGCCGAGCCUCGCGCGGCAACCCAAGGCGGUCGCCGAGCCGGUGCCUUGUGGGAUCGUUGGCGCGCGUUGGGCGCCAGAGGAGUGUGAGAGCAGAUUCGUGCCGGACGCUUGCAGGGGCUCGCUGGCAGCUUAUGCGCAGCUGCAUUCUGGCGACGUCGUGCCGUUUGCCGCGGCUUGGGCAUGCGUGGGCGAGCCAGCGCAGCGGGAUUGGGCAGCUCACGGUGGCCGCCGGAGCCACCUGUCGGUCGCGCACCACCGCGCGGCGCAGGGAGCUGCCCUCCUGCCAGUUCCCGUCGAGGCGGAGUUGAGGACGAGUCGUGGCGUCGUGGCAGUGACGGACGCCUGGUCGCUGGAGCUCGCGGACGGGCCGGCGGCGAGAGGAGCGCACACCGACGUGCAGAGCGCGGAGGCGAGCGAUGCUCGGUCCUCGGCUCUGCCCGCGCAGAUCCCGCGGCGGGGCAUCUUGCUCCCAUGCCCCAAGAGGGCCCUCGGAGACUCCGAGGGCAACCCGAGUGGCCGCGACGGCUCAGCGAGGGGGCGGGGCGGGGGCGGCCGCGGAAACAUGGCGUGGGCCGCGCCGGAGGCGGAUGUGUACGUGGUGUGCCUGGUGAACCGCAGGGAGGGCGAGGAUAAGCAGGUACGGGUCGCCCCCGGCUCCAGCUACCGCCCACGGGAUGGUGUCAGCAUGGCCUCGCUGCGGCUCGGGGCGUCAAUGCCAUCUCGAAGUCUGGCGGGCAUCAGCUGGAUCGGGGAUUUCGUGGAGAUCAUCCGGGCCAACAGCGGGAAGAUCCAGCUGCUGUCGCACCCCUCCACGGGCGCCGCCAGUGCGGAGAGUUCCCUGUCGCAUUAUACAUCUACCCGGGUGCCAGGACCUUCUUGGCCGAUCUGA